AUGUUCUCCAUACAGGAAGAAGUCCUCUUCGUCAGCCACAGCCCGGCUCGCAGGCGCUGUGAUGAAGACAAGCUGAGUCUAAUCCGGAGCCACGCUCAGGCAUAUGUUCAGAGGCGCCGGAGGCCAGUGUUCGGGUCUAAGAAAGAUCGCUCGAGGGAGGGUGGCGUCAUGAGUCCGGAGAGUCGCAGAUCGACCACGAAACCGCCGCAGCCGGACGAGACAGAUUCACUGCACGUUGUCAAGCAUGGAUGUCAACGAAGGACCCGAUGCUCAGAGACGUCGACCGUGACUCUUGCUAGAGGCAGCUUCGAGCCCUUCAAUUCAUUCCCCGUCAGCGUCGAUGAAGCUUUCGUCAGUCUCUUCGAGCGAUACUAUCGUGGCUACCGAUGGGACGCCUACAAGCCAGAUCUCUUCCGCGAGACGGCCAGCGACCCAAAACUAUAUCACAGCUUCCUCGCCAUAGCCUACAACAUGUUUUCGCAGGACAAGAUCAAAGCCAUCGAGCACGAAACGGAGGCCAUCAUGUCCAUCUCACGGGGGUUGAAGCAAGCCAAGAUCGACGACGAAGCCGAUUCAACCAGCAAAGAAGCCAUCACAUGGGCUAUAUCACGCCUUGCGAUGAUUCGGUCUCAGCAGGGUGAUUGGGACACCGCCCUUAAGCACAUCAAUGCCUGCGCUCUGACAUGCAGCUCCAUCUCGGACCUGGCCGCUUACAAGUUUGCAGCACAUAUCCACUGCACGCAUAGCGUCUUACUGUUGACGAACCUCAGCCGGAUUCACGGAGUCAAUGCUCAGCUCAGGAGACCGUAUGGCGAUACAGGGCGUUCAGCACUUGCGGAUGUUGAGGCCCAGGGGUUCAAGUUACCGCUGGCAGCACUUCUGUCUCUGAAACACUUGAAGGUGGAUUCACAGCUCCUCGACGUCCUUUGUGCGAUGAUAGCACUCUGCCAUCCUGCAAAGUGUACUCCUGUGUUUCACGACACACUUGGUAUUCAACAGGCGGUCGAACUGCUCAAGCUAGCUGUACAUCUGGCGGAGAUGUGUACGGACCUUCAAAGUGGCGAUGCCACUGGACAAGACCCUGAAUGGCGAAUAGAGCUUCAAACAUGUACGAGGUUAACAUCCUUCCUGUUCGUCCUAUGCCCUUCGCCUGCUGCACAAGCCGCCUGCAAAGAGGUACGUCAGAGACUGACGGACGGCCUACUCAAACACAUCAUCGGCAUAGCAGCCGAUACAGGGGAAGCAGUGGCCCCACCCACACCCCUAUCGGUCCUCUUUCUCUGGAUCUUGCUCGUCUGCAGUACAUCAGCACAGAAACGCUCCGAUCAGCUCUACUUCUCCGAGGUGAUCAAGAAACACUACCCCUACGUCGCAGACGCAUCGGACUCUGCUAUCGAGAACUGGAAGUUGAGUCUGCCGUUGCUUGGGGUUGGUUCAAACCCGCCGCCUGACUAUUUCUGGCGGUUGAGCAGUGAAGGCUCGAAAUCGGGAAGUGAAGGAGGAUAUCAAUCAGCGGACUUGGCUUCUUCUUCACAGUUCACGAAGAGUUCGAGGGUGACAUUGGAAGAGCUUUCUCCUGAGACUUUUAGUAUUGAGGAUGAAUUUUUGUCGUUCUGA